GUUGGGUAGUGUAUUGAGUGUGAAUUAAAGUGUCCUAACCUAAAAAAAAACGUGUUUGUUGUUUUUUUGUAAUUUAAUAAUUUUAUUGCUUUUUAAUUGAAAAUGGAAGUACCAGACAAUCUGCGGGAUUACAUUGUUAAUCCCUUCCUGGAAUUGCUUGAAAACAUGCCUAUGGAAUGUUUACCUUCAGAAUCCAAUCCGGACAAUGUUUUUGACAUCUCUGAGCCUCUCCUGGGAACAACCCUGAAGGCAAAACGAUGUGAUGUGACCGGAGAGGUAAUUGAUUUUCUUGAAAUUGACAUUGCAAAUCCUGACAGCCGUCCGGAUAACUCAAUGUCAUUCCAACGAGCACCGGAUGUGAGUGGCAAGAGAUCUGUACGUGGUUCAUCAACUAACUACCCCUUCUGGCCCGGUGGCUUUGACGAAGAAUCUGAUGAGGAGCAAGAAGCUGAGGAGUAUCCAGAGGAAGAUGGACAACUCUUGACAUUGGCACCAACAAUGACUCAUGGUAUCUCCAGUACUGCUGAUGAUAUUGAAGAGGCACUUGAGAAUUUGAAAAUUGACCAAAUAGAUUACACAGACUUGAUAAAUAGCAAUCCUAUUGCUAAUCUCUGGGCAAGGAAAACUUCAUUGGAAGAUGGUAAAGAUAGGAAAAAGAAGCCGGAAGUGCUGAAAUUGAGCAAUGCAAAGGAUUUGAAGACAAUUGAGACAAAAUGGGCAGUUCUUGUGGAUACUAAUCAAGCCAUUCCGGCUGCAACAACUGAACCUGCUCUGGUUUUCCCAUUCAAACUGGAUAAUUUCCAAAAACAUGCCAUCCAUCAAUUGGAGGAUCACAAUCAUGUUUUCGUGGCAGCUCAUACGUCUGCCGGGAAGACAGCUGUAGCUGAGUAUGCUAUCGCCCUGAGUCUGAAGCAUCACACAAAGGCAAUUUACACCUCUCCGAUCAAGGCACUGUCCAAUCAGAAAUAUCGAGAUUUCAAAAAGUCCUUCAAGGAUGUCGGUCUCAUCACGGGGGAUGUUCAGAUUGAUUCUGAUGCCUCGUGCUUGAUCAUGACAACAGAAAUCUUGCGUUCAAUGCUUUACUGUGGAAGUGAAAUAGCCAGAGAUUUGGAAUAUGUGAUUUUCGACGAAGUACACUAUAUCACUGAUGCUGAUCGCGGGCAUGUCUGGGAGGAAGUUCUAAUCCUCCUGCCAGCCAAUGUGACUAUUGUCAUGUUGAGUGCUACAGUUCCCAAUACCCUGGAAUUUGCCUCCUGGGUGGGUCAGACAAAGAAAAAGAAGGUGUAUGUUGUAAGUACCCUUAAGCGCCCCAUUCCCCUCAAGCACUACCUCUACGUGCCAUUUGUGGCCAAGAAUAAGGAAGAAAUCCAUCUGAUCCUAGACGAAAAUAGUCGAUUUCUCAUCAAGGGUCAUGCAGAUGCUGUUGCCCUCAAAGAAACAACUUCGGCCAAAAUUGGUCGGAAACUCACGAGAAACCAGGAAAAAACCAUGUGGGAGAAAUUGGUGGGUUUCCUGAGGAAGACAGACAAGCUCCCCGUGGUGGCUUUUACCCUCUCACGGAAUCGCUGUGACAUGAAUGCUGAAUCGAUGAGAGGAUGCGAUUUGUGCACAAACAAGGAAAAAGGCAUAAUCAAUAGCUUCUUCAUGAAAUGCCUGCAGAGCCUAAAGCCUCCCGACAGGAACUUGCCACAAGUAAAAAAUUUGCAGUACUACCUCGAGAGAGGCUAUGGAGUUCAUCAUUCGGGAAUUUUGCCAAUUCUCAAGGAAAUUGUAGAAAUGCUCUUCCAAUGUGGCCUCGUGAAGCUACUCUUUGCCACUGAAACCUUCGCAAUGGGCGUCAAUAUGCCAGCUAGGACAGUCAUAUUUGACUCUGACAGGAAAUUCGACGGAACUGAGGUGAGACAGCUUCAUCCGGCAGAAUAUACACAAAUGGCCGGACGAGCUGGUCGCCGUGGACUGGAUGAAAAUGGAACAGUAAUUCUUAUCUGCAAGGCCGAAAAGGUGCCAGAUGUAGCAGUGCUCCAGGGAAUGAUGUUGGGAAAACCAAUGCGCCUAGAGUCCCAAUUUAAACUAACUUACGCCAUGAUUCUCAAUCUCUUGCGCGUGGAGAGGGUAUCAGUGGUGGAUAUGAUGUCACACAGCUAUCGAGAAUUCCAUUCACAGCAGAAACUCCCAGAGAAUCGAGCAAAACUCCGAGAGAUUCAGCAGGAAUUUGCUGCACUUGAACCUCUCGGUGAUAACAUGAAUCAUAUCUGUGAAUUCUAUGAUGUGGCAUCUGAAUAUUUCUCAUGUUUGGAUCGUGUCAAUGAAGAAGUUUUCAAGCAUCCUGAUGUGAAAAAGAAACUCCAACCAGGAAGACUAGUUGUGAUAACAAAGGGUAAUCUCUGCAACAAUUUAGCAGCAAUUCUCACGGUAAAUGAUGCUCAGCGAAAGGAAAUGGAGCUAAAAGUGGCAGUUUUGGGUGAUGCCGGAGUAUCGGAAAGUAGUGAAAAGGAAGACUUUUGGCAUCGAUUGCUCUCUCUUGUCACGAUGGGGAAAAUUCAUGUGCCGGAAAAUGUGGCAUCAUUCACAAUUCUCACGGUGAAAUUGAAGCACAUUGUGGAAAUUGUCAAUAGCACAGUUAAAGUACAAUCAUCAACUGUGAUCCAGAAUUGGGAACAGAAACAGAUGGAGCGCUUUAAGGAUGCUCCAUGGGGACCGAGUUCUUUGAAACUUGUCGCUGAUUUGAAUCAUGUCAUCGAGGAAGCUUCAAAAGUUGACUUUAUCAAUCUCUAUGAAACUAUCCCACUCUCUGCAGUUGAUAACUUAAAGGAGCUCAAUAUCCACCGUCAAAGACUUGCAAAUUCUCUUGCAUGUACAAAAGUCAGUAAUUUCCGUGAGCAAUUCCGCAAAGUUUUCGAGCGAAAGAUGAUAGAACAGCGUCUGCAGCAUCUCAAGUAUAUCACUUCCAAGGACAAUAUGGCCCUGUAUCCGGACUAUUGCAACAAACUCGAAGUCCUACGUGAGAUGCACUAUAUUGAUGAGCAAAACAAUAUCACCAUGAAGGGAAGGGUGGCAUGUGAAAUGGGAUCAAAUGAACUCAUUCUCACGGAAAUCAUCUUUCGCAAUAUCAUUUCGAAUUUGGAACCGGCAGAAAUUUCUGCUCUCCUCUCGGGAUUGGUGUUUCAGGCAAAGACAGAAGCUACUCCCAAUUUAACCACGAAUCUCAAGGAAGGAAUUAAGAUAGUUGAAGCAAUUAAUGAUGAAAUCUUCAAUCUUGAGCAGAAGCAUCGGGUUUCAACAUCCUUAGAUGCUCAAGCAAAGCCCCAUUUGAAUUUUGGACUUGUGGAAGUGGUUUACGAAUGGGGAAGGGAUAAACCCUUUGCCGAUAUAAAAGAACUCACUGAUGUCCAGGAAGGUAUCAUUGUGAGAUGCAUUCAGCAACUUCAUGAAAUUCUUCUCAAUAUUAAAGAUGCCUCGAGAGUUUUUGGUGAUCCGGUGCUACAUAAAAAAAUGGAAGAUGUCUCCAAUGCCAUCAAAAGGGAUAUUGUCUUUGCAGCUAGUUUGUACACGCAAAAAGAUGCUGGAUUAAUUGUAUCUUAAGGAAGGAAGGAAAGGUGUUCAGCAAGGGCUGAGCAAAUCAAGAAAAAAAACUGAAGUUUUUGAAUUAUAAAUAAAAUUAUUUUAAGAAUUUUAAAA